AGAGCAAGUGUAUUGCGUAGUGUAGUUAGUUAAUAUUCUUAUCAAAGAACAAGAUGACCCAAAAGGCUACGGUGGCAGCAGCGCUGUUUUGGUUUGUACUACUGGCCAUCUUCAGUGGUACGAUCCAGCUGGAUCUACCCAAGAACUGCGGAAAGCGACAUCAGAAAACGGUCAACCUGAUCGUAGAGGGACGGCCGGCAACCAUCGGCAACUGGCCGUGGCACACGGCGAUCUUCCACCGGGUAGGAACGGGAACACCAGAGUACAAGUGCGGUGGCAGUAUACUGGACAAGAAUACCAUUUUGACCGCCGGCCACUGUGUCCGACUCACCACCGGCAUCAUCGAUCCGGAGAAGCUGAUCGUACAGGUCGGCCGUCAGCGGCUCAUGGUGGCAGACGACCGCGCCCAGGAACACGAAGCGAGCCGCAUUCUGGUGCACAAACGGUUCCGGAUCGGUAACCUCCAGCACGACGUUGCCCUGAUCGUGCUGGCGACGAACAUCGAAUUUACGGAUUUUGUCCAACCGGUUUGCCUGUGGGAUCAAGGCGAUGACCGGCUGUUGAUUCGGGAUCGGCAGGGUACGAUCGUUGGGUUCGGGGCGACCGGAACGGCGGCAUCUUCGGAAACGCUGAACGAAGCGGACCUUCCGGUGGUCGACAAUCAGGUUUGCAUCGACAGCAACCGAGGCACGUUUGGGUUGGCAUUGACCGCCGAUAUGUACUGCGCUGGCAGGAGGGACGGAAAGAAUGCUUGCAAUGGUGACAGUGGAGGUGGAAUGUUCUUCGAGAUCGGCGGUCGCUGGUACGUCCGGGGUAUUGUGUCGUUUUCACCGUCCCAGGCCAGUAACAAUAAUAGAUGCGACCCAUACGAAUACGUAGUGUUCAUGGACGUUGCACGGUAUGUGAACUGGAUCGCUCAACAGCUAAAUGGAACCUUCGUUGAAGCUCCAGCACAAUCCGAUGUCCAUCCUAAGUUGCACCUGUUGAGUCAGGACAUUUGCGGGGCAAACAACUUCCCGUCCGCCGAAGAGUCGGAUAAACCCGUAUUACUCACGUAUCCUUGGAUUGGACUGAUCGAGUACAGUCAGGAGGGAGUCCGUGAGAAGCAAACCCUUUGCCAUGCGAUGCUCAUUAGCGAACAGUAUCUCGUGACGGCAGCCGAGUGCGUCUACAAUACGGGCAAGCUCAGGCCGACCUCGAUUCGGCUGGGUGACUACGACACUUCCAACAGUCAGGACUGUGGUCAAAUCGGUGGUUCCAGUGUCUGUGCACCACCCACCCAAACCCUCAGUAUCGAAACCAUCACCGUCCACCAACAGUACAACAAGCCACGUUUCGCCAACGCUAUUGCCCUGAUACGCGUAUACUCCAAGGCGGAUAUCUCCCGGGACAACAUCAAACACAUCUGUCUGCCGUUGUCGAAGGAACUUCGCAGCUUCAAACCCCCCACCUUCAUCCGUAGCGGCUGGAAGAAUAGCAAAAGUCAACCCCAAAUGCAGCGAACCGAGGUUAAGGUUGUCGAAUCGGUGACCUGUCAGCGCAAGUACAGCGAGCAGCGCAUUCCACUGGAGAAGACAUUCAGGCAGAUAUGUAUUGAACGGGACCCGACCAGCGGCGGUGCCGCGAACUGUGUGUUUGAUGUGGCCGCAGCGCCAUUGCAAGCCGUUCAAACGGUAAACGGAAGCCCACGGUACGUGCUGCACGGGUUGCUUACCUUCGGACCGAAGAAAUGCCACCUGGACUAUCCGAAUGUCUACACCAACGUGGGAACGUACCUUGGAUGGAUUUUGGAUCAUAUUCAACCGUAAGCUUCGGGGAGUUUGUAUGUGUGUUUUAGCUUUUUUUUUAUUAAGGACCUAGAUGCCUUUGUCUUAAUAUCGAGAUAUAAUAUGUAGAAGAGAUUAUACACGUCUUAUCGGUAAGAAACUUAAUAAUACUGAUUAGAAAUAAAUACAUCCGGUUUGAGUCGGUUU